AUGCGGUUCACCACCUCCACCGCCGCCAUUGCUGCCUUUGCAGUCUGUCUUCUAGCUCCGUCGACAAAGUCCUCCCCCGUAAAUAACCAGCCCCCGGCGCACGUCGAGAACUUGCCCAACGCUGCCCAGCAGCAGCAAGUGAUCCAGACGAACCAGGAGCAGCCAAAGAAACUCAAGGGGAGAUUUCUCCACAUCUCAGAUGUACACCCAGAUCCGUUCUAUGUUACCGGUUCAGAUCCUCUCCAGCGUUGCCACCGCGGUUCGGGCAAUGCCGCUACGCUUGGCGCUGAGACUUCGGAUUGUGAUACGCCCUUCACACUGGUGAAUGCGACGUUCAAGUGGAUCGAGGAGAACCUGAAGGAUGAGGUCGAUUUUGUUAUCUGGACCGGCGAUUCGGCGCGCCACGACAACGAUGCCAAUAUCCCUCGUUCGGAAACCCAGAUCCUUGACCUCAACCGUCGCAUCUCGGACAAGAUGUUUGCGGUAUUUGGAAAGCCCGACAACCUUGGCGACGACGACCCGACGAACGACCUGAUUGUACCAAUUAUCCCGACCCUAGGAAACAAUGACAUCUUCCCGCACAACAUCAUGACUGCCGGACCGAACAGAAUCACCAGGGAGUUCUCGGACAUCUGGCGCAGGUUUAUCCCACAGGACCAGUACCACGUGUUUGACAAGGGAGCGUACUUCUGGACCCAGGUUGUUCCCGGAACGAAUGGAAAGAUGGGAUUGGGCAGUCAGGGCGGACUUUCAGUCAUUUCCCUCAACACAAUUUAUUUCUUUGGAUCUAACGCGGCAGUUGACGGAUGCGAUGUCAAGGGCGAGGCUGGUUACGAGCAGAUGGAGUGGUUGAAGGUCCAGUUGGCGUUGAUGCGUGACAUCGGCAUGAAGGCAAUCCUGAUCGGGCACGUUCCACCAGCUUGGACGAGCACCAAGCAAAGUUGGGAUGAAACAUGUUGGAAGAAAUAUGUUUUGUGGUCUAAGCAGUACCGCGAUGUCAUUGUUGGCUCCAUUUAUGGCCAUAUGAAUCUCGAUCAUUUCUUGCUUCACGACAGUGACGAACUCCAGCCCCCGCACGAAGAUGAGAUCAGACGCCCCAAGAAGCCGAGAAAGAAGACCAAGGUUUCUUGCACCGGACACCCGAGCUGUGUAGAGGAGGAACCAGAGCGAGAAGAUGAGGUCAUGCAAUUCGACGAGGAGAACCCUACCUUCACCGCUUCGAAUGCCGAGACCUACCUUCACUCACUCCGCGAGGCCUUCUCCUACUCAAAGAAGAUUGGCGGUAAAUGGGGUGAGCGCUACAUUCUCUCGCUCGUCGGACCCAGCGUCGUUCCAAACUACUUCCCAACAUUGAGAGUUGUCGAGUACAACAUUACCGGCCUUGGAGAGUCCCGCAACGAUAACGAAAUCAGACCUGGCCCAAUUGAGGAGGAUCUCGACACCACCACCGCAACCGUCACAAAGAAGAAGAAGAAGGAACCUGGUUCUCCAGACGGACCCUCAAAGACUUCUCCCCCCGGCCCGGCUUACUCCAUGCAGCCAUUCACAUGGUUGGGAUACACUCAGUACUAUGCCAACAUGACCAGGAUCAAUGGAAGGCAGCCGGAGAAGCAGGAGGAUGAGGCAGAGGCACACCACAAAAACCUUGAACUCAGAGAUGUCGAGGAUCGCGAAUUUAGAUACGAGGUCGAGUACAAUACUAGAACCGAUAAAACCUACAACUUGAAGGAUAUGACGGUCAAGAACUACUUGAAGCUCGCACAAGAGAUUGUCGAUGCCACCCUUAGAGACAGCCGGAAGAAGAAGAAGGCUGGCGAAAAAGUUGAUGGCACCGAUGUCGAGGAAUACGACGAGGAGGAAGAGGAGGAGGAGGUAGAAGAUGUAGAAGAGGAAGGCGGGGAUGUAGACGCCUCAAAGAAGAAGAAGAAGGAUAACAAGAAGAAGCACAACCACAACCACAACAUCAAGAAAGAUAAGAUCUGGCAUGCCUUCGUCACUAGAGCUUUCAUUAGCACCAUCAAGGGCAAGGAGUUUUCAGAGUCGCCGCUCAUUUCCACCAUUGAGUCUUCAUGA